AUGGAAGAAUUAAUUCGAUCAGUUAUACAAUUUGAUGGUGCUUUAAAUCAAGAUGUUAUUCAAUGGCUAGAAUAUAUUGAAGAAGUAUUUGAUCGAGUACAAUUACAAACACCAAAUAAAUAUAUUGCUAUACAAUACUUUUUAACUAAUAGUGCUGCUACGUGGUUUAAAUAUAAGAAAUCAAAUAUUUCUGAUUGGUUUACAUUUAAACGUGAACUUAUUGAAGCUUUUCAAUCGUCGUCCUCCUUUUCCUCAUCACAUCUUCUUGAUCAACAUCAAUUAAUACUUAAAGAAGAACCACAAAAACUUGAACAAGAACAAGAUAUAUUACCUGUUCCUGCAUCGACUUCAACAAUAUCCAACAAGAAAAAUGAUAGUGAAAAUUAUCAAUUAGAUUUACUUCAUGAUGGUUCGAUUAAAUCAUUAGAAAAUUUAGAAGUUGAUAAUUUAGAAGAUAAAUGUUUACGUGAACAUGAACAAGGUUAUUACUCAUCUAUGUUAGUUAAUACUAAUGAUUUUGAUCUGGAUAUUCAACAUCAAGAUGCAGAUGCAGCAGAUAGUUGUGAUACACAACAACAAGGCGAAUCUGUUAUUAAUUCUGAUUCUGUUCAAACUGAUAUUGAAGAUACUUUUGAAGAUUUUACUCGACCUAUGGAUAGUUUAACAGAUAAUGAUUCAUUAAUUAAUAUUGUUUUACCACAUGAUGUUCAAUAUUUAUGGUCUGAUAAAUAUAAACCACGUCCACCUCGAAUUCUUAAUAAAGCUCCUGCUGUUUAUAAUUGGAACCGAUAUAAUAAGCUACAUUGCAAUAAAGAUGACUCAUCACCACCAACUAUUCAAGAGAAUCAAUUUAAUACUGUUAGUAAAGGAUGGAAUUACACAUAUAAUCAUGGACUUCGAUUUUAUUUUUAUAAUGAAAUGAUUCAAUUAAGAUUUUCUUUUCGUAAAUGGAAAUAUCGUCUCUCAACUUUAUUUUGUUUUCGUAAAUGGAAAUAUCGUCGAGUAACUUUUUCUGUUUGUUUUUAUUGUUUGUCGUUUAAAACUGUUCUACCUUAUGUUAUUUUUUUCAUUUUUGCUGUUUUUUCUUUGGUGAACUUAUACUUUUAUGUUACUCAAACUAUAUCUCAGGAUAUACAUAAAAAAAAAAAAAAAGAAACAACAGAGUUACUAUUGUUCAUCUUCAUCUAUUUUUUCACAAGUACUGUAUUCUAUUUUUUCUAUUCUCAGUGAUGAUGCUGUUACACCUCGUGUUUCUUUUAUUUGCUUUAUUUUCUAUCUCUUUAUUUGUUAUUAUCUCUUCGUGAACAGAUAAAACCGUUCACUGGUAAGGGGCGGAGGUGUUAGGUAGUGGCGCUAUCUUUUGUCCACUACCUCCUUUUUCUUCU